GCUGAUUUCUGCUGGGGACCUGAGGGAGCCUCUGCAAUCCCAUCCAUUGGGCACAAUCUCCUCUGCAGAGCUUGACUCACUGCAGGCUUUGCAGGGAAAUCUGUGCUGGCAGCUGCAUCCUGAACCCGAGGGCAGUUUGUAUCCCCAAGUGCUGAUCCAUCCUGGGGACCCAAGGCAUCCUCUGCCAUUCCAUCCAUGCAGGAGGUGUCACCCUCCUGCCCUUGACUCGCUGCAGAGGAACAAGUGCCCUCUCUCUGUUUGGGAGAAGCCAGAUGCUGCCCCUGGGCCAUCAGAAGUGGUGCUGAAGCCUCUUUCAGCCCAGCCCUGGUUGCAGUUUUCUCAUCCCCUCAGCGAGUGCCCGCUCCCCCAGCCAGCACUGACCAACCAGGGCGUUUGGCACACGUGGUUUGGUGAUUUGGAGAAACAGCCCCGGACUGGCAGGGGGCCAGAGAACCUCGAGUAACAGCCCUGGCGAGAUUUAAGUGACACUACAUUAAUGCAGCUUUUGAUUAACAUAUAGCAACUCAAUCAAGUGCUCAUGAAAUGACCUCACUCCCCUCAUCCUCCCAAUUAAACACCUUUUUUUGGUCUGAAUCUUCAUAUUUUGGUGUAUUUUUUGGCUGAAUUUUAAGUUUUUGCAUUUUGUGAGGGUGUUCGUCACGCUAUUUCUGAGGGGUUUUUUGACUGAAUGUCAGUGGUUUGGGUUUUUCUGUGCUAAAUUUUUGUGGUUUUGAGGGUUUUAUGAUUACAGGAUGCCCGGUGAGUUCUAGAGAUGGACUUGGGCAGGAGGAAUCCCCAAGCCAAUGCGCUCAGCCCUUGUUUUCUCCUCCAUCAGGAUUUUUCUUUCCCAGAGCUUGGGCGGAUGGAGGAGGAGGCUGCGAGGAAGAGGAAGAUGCCUCAGGCCCCCCAGGCAGGCCCCGAGCUGAGGACGGAGAGCCCGGAGGACAAAUCCCCCCGUGAGACCCUGGUGGGAGAGGCCAUUUUGAAGGGCUCCAUGGUGCAGGAAGGCAGUGGGGAGAAAAAGGGCCGGAGAUCCUCCCGCAGGAGGGGCUCCAAAGCCAUCCCAGGGUGCUCUGAGGAGGAAAGAGCCAGUCUGUGCCGGGAAGGUGGCAGGAGCUUGAGGGGGAACUCUGACCUGGUGGUCUCUGAGCAACCUCCCAGCAGGGAAAAGCCCUUCAAGUGCUCAGAAUGUGGAAAGAGCUUCAAGCACAGCUCUGACCUGACCCGACACCAGCGCAUCCACACUGGGGAACGGCCCCACACCUGUAGGGAGUGUGGGAAGAGCUUCAGUGACAGCUCCGACCUGAUCCGACACCAUCACAUCCACACUGGGGCACGGCCCUACACGUGUGGGGAAUGUGGGAAGGACUUCAGUGACAGCUCCAGCCUGAUCCGACACCAGAUGAUCCACACUGGAGAACGGCCCUACACCUGUGGGGAAUGUGGGAAGAGCUUCAGUGACAGCUCCAACCUGAUCCGACACCGGCGCAUCCACACUGGGGAACGACCCUAUACAUGUAGGGAAUGUGGAAAGAGUUUCAGGUACAGCUCCCACCUGAUUCGACACCAGCAUAUCCACACUGGUGAAUGGCCUUACACGUGUGGGGAAUCUGGGAAGAGCUUCAGUAGCAGCUCCAACCUGGUGCAGUACCAGCACCUCAACACCAGGGAACGGCUCUACCCAUGUGGGGAAUGUGGGAAGCGGUUUCACACGAGCUCACAUCUCUUCCAGCACCAGCGGACACACACGGAUGAGAGGCCCUUCCGCUGCACCGACUGCGGGAAGGGCUUCAACCGGAAAUCCAACCUUGUCACCCACCGACGCAUCCACACCGGGGAGAGGCCCUACAAGUGUGAGGAGUGUGGGAAGAGCUUCAACAAGAGCUCUGGCUUGACCAGACACCAACGGACCCACAAGUAAGGGAAGCUUUGCAACUGCCCCGACUGCAGGAAGAGCUUUGGCUGCUGCUUCCACCUCGAAUGAACCCCCUGAUGGUGAGGAAACCCCUGGAGUCCAGUGACUGUCACUCCAUGCCUUUCGACCACAAAGGGCCAGUCCCCUUUCCCAGGGGCAGCUUCUUCCAACAGAACCCUUUCUGGGUGUGCGUGGAGAUUCCUGCCUUGGCUGGGGACGCCCCCAGUGUCACUGCUGGAGGUUGAGAGCAGAGAUCUCCUCAUGAGUGUUGGUCUGGGGGAGUUUUAUCCAUCUCUAAUUAAGAAUUAUUGCUUUUGUGCCAGCUUUAGUAGAAUUGUUUCAACAAUUGCUUUAGGGUAGAGCACUGUCCUAUCUUAUCCUGUACUCCUAGUAGUUUUAGUGUCUCUAUUGUGCAGUAAAUAAUUGUGAUGAAGAUCU